CAGUCAUCGUAGCUUUGAACUGAAAGAGAGACAUUUAAACCGUGAGCUGUCUAGGAAGUCGACAUAGUAUUUAGGCACAGGGCCACUGUUAAAUCAAGGUGUGGAACACUGAACUAUGCAGUAUGUCUCCAAAAGGAACUCCAUUGCCUAUUUUGUCUGUGAAAGAAGUCCCACCUUGACCUCCGCCAAAGAGACAUGCCCACACAACUUUGCUGAAAUAUUGCCCACGGAAAUGAGCUUGAAGAUUUUCAGCGAACUGGACAUUGACAGCUUAUGUAGUGCAUUGUUGACCUGCAAACUGUGGCACCACAUCAUUGAACACAGUGACCACCUCUGGAGGAAUCACUGCCUGACUGUGCAAGCUUUCUGUCAACUGGAGAUUGAUGGGGACAGACAGUAUGGACUGUCGUGGAAGGUCACCCUGGUGCGGAGCUACAGGAGAGGUUUUCUGAAGAGGGAAUGGUUAAGGGGACGAUACAGCAACAUUCGUUCUGCCGAUGAACUACUGGACAGGAACAUGUGCUCAUUGGAUGUGGAGACUUGGGGCGAGAUUCUGGAAGCAGAGCUGGAGAGAUAGAUGCAAUGCUAUAAAGAGAUAUGAGUGAACUCUUUAGAUUUUAUUUUUAUACUUAUGUCUUAAGCACUUGAUUUGUUUUAUACCUUUAUACCAUUUUUAAAUAUGAUUAUGGUUAAAUCACAGACUUGUAUAUAAUUUUUGUUAUACAUUAAUAUAUGGUAGGCUACACUCUAGUAAAAUAUGGAUACUCUUUAAUGGAUUCCUACAUCAGUGAUACAAUUGUGCCUUCACUACACUGAAUAAAGUGGGGUCAUUAAGAUAAUUUGCGUUCACGUCUUUGUUUACAGUAUAGCAUUAAAGUGCAGUACUUUU